AUGGUUGUCCCUAAGGCUAAAGUACCGGAUGUUCUACAGCUGUACCAUAGUGGUUGUUCAGGAGGCCACAUGGGAGUUAAACGAAAUCUACUGAAGAUCCGAGAACGGUUUUACUGGGUCCACUGUCGUGACGAUGUCGAGGACUGGUGUCGCAAAUGUAAAAGUUGCACGGCUGUAAAGGGACCUCGAAUUCGUAGUAGAGGCGCAUUGAAAUUAUACAAUGUUGGUGCACCAUGGGAGAGGAUAGCCAUUGACGUUGCGGGGCCGUUUCCGGAAAGUGAAAGUGGUAACAAGUAUUUCAUGGUUGUGAUAGAUUACUUCACUAAGUGGCCAGAAGUCUUCGCCAUUCCAAAUAAAGAAGCUUCAACAGUUGCAGAUAAACUAGUUCAUGAAGUCUUCUGUCGUUUUGGAGUACCCUUAGAGAUUCACAGCGAUCAAGGAAGGAAUUUCGAGUCUUAA